UCAUAAUUGACCCCAAACCCAACACAUGCUUUCCCUGAAGUCUCGCGAUGUUGCGCUUCUGGGUUUAGGAACUCUGUGGAACAACAAUCAAUAGUUUACAAAAGUGUAUAGUGUCAUCUUCUGGCCGCACGUAAAACUGAAGGCUAUUAUACCAAUGAACAUCCCGGAAAUACGAGAUCGAUCAUCCCUGAAAUGCAAUAGGCUGCAUCCGUUAUUACACUGGUUAUAAAAAAUAAAAGUUUAGAUAUCUAAAGUCCAGCAAAGCAUUUGAUUUGGCAUAGGCCUAGUUGAACAGUAAGUUUUACUCUGAUGUUCCUUGUAAACAAAAUCAAAAUACUGCUAGGGCAGAAGAUUAUCCGUAAAUUGUAUUCAUGUUACAAAUUAUAAACAUUACUUUCUGAACCAUGCCUUAAGGCUUACAAUGUUGACAUCCUGAUUGCGCCCGAUUUGAACCGGAUAUACAACUUUUGUCGGGGUCACGUUUAUUGUUGAAGAGGAAAGAUGUCUGUACUGAUUUUAUUCAAUUUCAACGAUGCAAAAUAAAUAUUUACAGCCUCAACCAGAAGUGCGUUGGUCAACAAAACCAGCAAACCUUUGAUAAACGCAUUCAACCAGAUCACUGGAAAUGAGACAGAGAAGAAGACCACCCUUGACCAAGCUCUGAGGCAGGUCCUGGAUGAGUAGAUUGUGGAAAGCACUCGUCGAUGACUUCCUGUCUCUCAUCUAUCUCAGCAUUGAUGGAGUCACUGAAGGUAUCUGCUCCGCCAACACUGCUUUCCUACUGUUGGGAGAUGUUCUGGACUGUCUUCCUCUGUACCAGUGUGAUGUCUUCUCCUUUGUUGAAGAGAAUGUCUCCACCUGGAAGUCUAACUCCUUUUACACUGCUGGGAAGAACUACUUGUUAAGGAUGUGUAAUGAUCUUUUGAGGAGGUUGUCCAAGUCUCAGAACACAGUCUUCUGUGGACGGAUCCAGCUGUUCCUGGCUCGUCUCUUUCCCCUGUCUAAGAAAUCAGGUCUGAACCUGCAGAGCCAGUUUAAUCUCGACAACAUCACAGUGUUCAACAAAAAUGAGCAAGAGAGCACUCUUGGCCAGAAGCCCACAGAGGAGGAGGAUGGGAUGGAAGUGGAGAAGGGGGAGAUGGGGAACCUAGUGCACCUGCUCCAUGGUAAGCAACAUGAGUCCUUGUUCCAUCUAUCGCAAUGCUUGGAAUCAUCAGUGGUUUUUCAUCAACAUACCUGUUGCACUGAUCCCUAUGCUGGCAAGUCUUGUAAGUUUGAUUGCAGCUUGCUAAAACAAGUUGUCAUCUAUAAAAUUGCUCCCUGUUUGUAGUUCUAUCCCUAUCGACUACAACCUACAGGAAGUUCUGGACUCUGCAGGACUACUUCAGAAACCCUGUUCAGUGUUAUGAGAAGUUUUCCUGGAUGACUUUCCUCAAAGUUACUUUUCUGCCCUCUUUCCCUCCCAAAAUAGCUUUGUGACAUGACCCAUCUAUGGACAUCUACUAAAAGUAUGACACUUUGCUUUAAAAAAAUGUCUUGUUCAAAACUGUUACUAUUCUGUAUGUCCUGUGAAGUAUCAAGACAGGUGCUGGCUGUGUUUGUUUCUGUGAGAAGACACUGAAAAGUUGUUUGAGUUAAUAGAAAUGUUCUGUAUGUUGUCUGUAGUAUUCAGACGAGACGCUGGCAGUGUUUAGAAGCUUCAAGCUGGACGACAUGCAGGCUUCUAAAAAGAUGCUGGAAGAGCUGAGGACGGCAGGAGGAGACCACGUUUACUUUGCCAAGUUCCUCACCAGUGAGAAGUUGAUGGACCUGCAGCUCAGUGACAGUAACUUCAGACGACACAUCCUCCUGCAGUACCUUAUCCUGUUCCAGUACCUCCAAGGGACAGGUCAAGUUCAAUAGGGCUAUCUUCUGUAUACCACCCCUACCUUGUCACAAUGACUGAUUGGCUCAAACACAUUAAUUACAUUUUUAACAAGGCACACCUGUUUAAUUUAAAUGGAUUCCAGGUGACUACCUCAUUAAGCUGGUUGAGAGAAUACCAACAGUGUGCAAAGCUGUCAUCAAGGCAAAGGGUGGCUAUUUGAAGAAUCUCAAAUAUAUUUGGAUUUGUUUAACACUUCUUUGGUUACUACAUGAUUCCAUAUGUGUUAUUUCAUAGUUUUGAUGUCUUCGCUGUUAUUCUACAUUGUAGAAAAUAAUAUAAAAAAAGAACAACCCUCAAAUGGUACUGUAUAGCCUUCUGUAUUACAAGUCAAGGUUGACAGCAUAAGGGUUAUUGAUGACAUUGAAAAGUCCCCUCAUAUUUUGACAGCAUGUCCUAAACACAGAGGAGAACUGGAAAUCGUAGAAAAAUUAGGGAUGCCCAAGCUUUGUGAAGGAAAGGUAUAGCAGCAGAAUUCAACAACCUCAUGUUUAUGAUCCUAUACUUAUGAAAAUAUUAUUAUCAAGACAAAGUCCAAAUCGAAAAUAUAUAUAAUUCAUUAAAGUGAGGAAUAUACACUGCUCAAAAAAAUAAAGGGAACACUAAAAUAACACAUCCUAGAUCUGAAUGAAUGAAAUAUUCUUAUUGAAUACCUUUUUUUUACAUAGUUGAAUGUGCUGACAACAAAAUCACACAAAAAUGAUCAAUGGAAAUCAAAUUUAUCAACCCAUGGAGGUCUGGAUUUGGAGUCACACUCAAAAUUAAAGUGGAAAACCACACUACAGGCUGAUCCAACGUCCUUAAAACAAGUCAAAAUGAGGCUCAGUAGUGUGUGUGGCCUCCACGUGCCUGUAUGACCUCCCUACAACGCCUGGGCGUGCUCCUGAUGAGGUGGCGGAUGGUCUCCUGAGGGAUCUCCUCCCAGACCUGGACUAAAGCAUCCGCCAACUCCUGGACAGUCUGUGGUGGAUGGAGCGAGACAUGAUGUCCCAGAUGUGCUCAAUUGGAUUCAGGUCUGGGGAACGGGCGGGCCAGUCCAUAGCAUCAAUGCCUUCCUCUUGCAGGAACUGCUGACACACUCCAGCCACAUGAGGUCUAGCAUUGUCUUGCAUUAGGAGGAACCCAGGGCCAACCACACCAGCAUAUGGUCUCACAAGGGGUCUGAGGAUCUCAUCUCGGUACCUAAUGGCAGUCAGGCUACCUCUGGCGAGCACAUGGAGGGCCCCCCCAAAUAAAUGCCACCCACACCAUUACUGACCCACCGCCAAACCGGUCAUGCUGGAGGAUGUUGCAGGCAGCAGAACGUUCUCCACGGUGUCUCCAGACUGUCACAUGUGCUCAGUGUGAACCUACUUUCAUCUGUGAAGAGCACAGGGCGCCAGUGGCGAAUUUGCCAAUCUUGGUGUUCUCUGGCAAAUGCCAAACGUCCUGCACGGUGUUGGGCUGUAAGCACAACCCCCACCUGUGGACGUUGGGCCCUCAUACCACCCUCAGAGUCUGUUUCUGACCGUUUGAGCAGACGCAUGCACAUUUGUGGCCUGCUGGAGGUCAUUUUGCAGGGCUCUGGCAGUGCUCCUCCUUGCACAAAGGCGGAGGUAGCGGUCCUGCUGCUGGGUUGUUGCUCUCCUACGGCCUCCUCCACGUCUCCUUAUGUACUGGCCUGUCUCCUGGUAGCGCCUCCAUGCUCUGGACACUACCCUGACACACAGCAAACAGCUCGCAUUGAUGUGCCAUCCUGGAUGAGCUGCACUACCUGAGCCACUUGUGUGGGUUGUAGACUCCGUCUCAUGCUACCACUAGAUUGAAAGCACCGCCAGCAUUCAAAAGUGACCAAAACAUCAGCCAGGAAGCAUAGGAACUGAGAAGUGGUCUGUGGUCACCACCUGCAGAACCACUCCUUUAUUGGGGGUGUCUUGCUAAUUGCCUAUAAUUUCCACCUGUUGUCUAUUCCAUUUGCACAACAGCAUGUGAAAUUUAUUGUCAAUCAGUGUUGCUUCCUAAGUGGACAGUUUGAUUUCACAGAAGUGUGAUUGACUUGGAGUUACAUUGUGUUGUUUAAGUGUUCCCUUUAUUUUUUUUGAGCAGUGUACAUUACCAGUCAAUAGUUGACACACCUACUCAUUCCAGGGUUCUUUUAGUUCUUUAUUUUUUUAAACUGUUUUCUACAUACAGAAGAUCGUCCUAUUUGAUAAAAGACCAAGUCCAUAUUAUGGCAAAAACAGCUAAAAUAAGCAAAGAUAAACGACAGUCCAUCAUUACUUUAAGACCUGAAGGUCAGUCAAUCCGGAAGAUUUAAAGAACUUUGAAAGUGUCUUAAAACGCAAAAACCACCCAGCACUAUGAUGAAACUGGCUCUCAUGAGGACCACCACAGGAAAGGAAGACCCAGAUUACCUCUGCUGCAGAGGAUAAGUUCAUUACAGUUACCAGCCUCAGAAAUCUGCAAAUAACUGCAUCUCAAAUUGCAGCCCAAAUAAAUGCUUCACAGAAUUAAAUUAACAGACACAUCUCAACAUCAACUGUUCAGAGGAAACUGUGUGAAUCAGGCCUUCAUGGUCGAAUUGCUGCGAAGAAACCAGUACUUAAGGACUCCAGUAAGAAGAAGAUACUUACUUGGGCCAAUAAACACGAGCAUUGGACAUUAGACUGGUGGAAAUAUGUCCUUAGGUCUGAUGAGUCCAAAUGAUUCGAUUUUUGGUUCCAACCGCCAUGACUUUGUGAGACGCAGAGUAGGUAAAGGGAUGAUCUCCGUACGUGUGGUUCCCACCGUGAAGCAUGGAGGAGGUGUGGGGGUGCUUUGCUGGUGACACUGUCAGUGAUUUAUUUAGAAUUCAAGGCACACUUAACCAGCAUGGCUACCACAGCAUUCUGCAGCGAUACGGCAUCCCAUCUGGUUUGCACUUAGUGGGACUAUCAUUUUUUUCAGCAGAUAAUGACCCAAAACACACCUCCAGGCUGUGUAAGGGCUAUUUGACCAAGAAGGAUAGUGAUGGAGUGCUGCAUCAGAUCACCCAACCUCAAUCCAAUUGAGAUGGUUUUGGAUGAGUUGGACUGCAGAGUGUAUGAAAAGCAGCCAACAAGUGCUCAGUAUGUGGGAACUCCUUCAAGACUGUUGGAAAAGCAUUCCAGGUGACCACCUCAUGAAGCUGGUUGAGAGAAUGCCAAGAUUGUGCAAAGCUGUCAUCAAGGCAAAGAGUGGCUACUUUGAAGAAUAUAAAAUAUAUUUUGACACUUGUUAUUUACAUGAUUCCAUAUGUGUUAUUUCAUAGUUCUGAUUUCUUUACUAUUAUUCUACAAUUUAGAAAGAAAUCCUUGAAUUAGGUGUCCAAACUUUUAAAUGGUACUGUAUAUACAGUGCCUUCAGAAGAUAUUCACACCCCUUGACCUUUUUCACGUUUUGUUGUGUUACAGCCUGAAUUUUAAAUGGACUAAGUUGAGGUUGUCACUGGCCUACACACAAUACCCCAUGAUGUUUUUAGAAAUGUUUACAAAUUAAUAAAAAAUGAAAAGCUGAAAUGUCUUGAGUCAAUUAGUAUUCAAGCCCUUUGUUAUGGCAAGCCUAAAUAAGUUCAGGAGUAAAAAUGUGCUUUAACAAGUCACAAGUUUCAUGGACUCAUUGUGUGUGCGAUAAGUGUUUAACAUGAUUUUUGAAUGUCUACCUCAUCUGUCCCCCACACAUACAGAUAAUUGCAAGUUCCCUCAAUCGAGGAGUGAAUUUCAAACACGGAUUCAACCACAAAGACCAGGGAGGUUUUCAAAUGCCUCAAAGAACAGCACCCAUUGGUAAAAAAAAGAAAAUGCUCACAUCGAAUCUCCCUUUUGAGGUACUGUAAAAAUCAAGACCAGUAGAUGACGAACCCAAGAGACCCAUGAGGAAGAGACAAGCUCCAGAAGACUUCCUAGUGAUGAACUCACGAGACUGUGUAAUCUGAAUCAUAACAAUAUGGCAGCUUGCCAGUCAGUUAGCAGGUGAGUGGUUUUACAGCAGUGGUGCAGCUGGUCAAAGGUCAAAGUUACAUAGCCCACUUAUCUACCUAUAUGUUUUUGGUGUAUAACAUUUAAAGGAGAAUUUAGCUUUUUACAACCAAAUGUUAAAAAAAAUAUGUAAAUGACAUAUUAUAGAAGGGUCCAGACACUUUCUUUCUUCAGAAAAGACAUGAACAAAUGCUCCAAAAACCACAGCAGCCUACUUGAACACUAACUUAAAGCGGGUACAGCCUCAGUGUUGACAGUAAACGCAUGCUGGAGGUUGGACCGAAUUUUCCCAACAUUGAAGUUUGUGCUCAGCAGACCAGAAAUUUGCUCGGUGCCAAAAAAAAAAAGUGGCUAAACAUUGGUAUGGACCCUUCUAUAACUCCUGAUGGACGAUGAGUACAAGUACGUGUAUACACACGUUAGGAACACCUGCUCUUUCCAUGACUGACCAGGUGAAAGCUAUGAUCCCAUACUGAUGCCACCUGCUAAAUCCAUUUCAAUCAGUGUAGAUGAAAGGGAGGAGACAUGUUAAAGAAGAAUUCUUAUUAAGCCUUAUUUGUGUAUGUGAGUCUUUCAGAGGGUAAAUGUGCAAGACAAAAGAUUUUAAGUGCCUUUGAACAGCAUCCCACUGUAGUAGAUGCCAGGCACACCAGUUGGAGUGUGUCAAUAACUGCAACGCAGCUGGGUUUUUCAUGCUCAACAGUUUCCUGUGUGUAUGAAGAAUGGUCCACCACCCAAAGGACAUCCAGCCAACUUGACACAACUCUGGGAAGCAUUGGAGUCAACAUAGGCCAGCAUCCCUGUGGAACGCUUUUGAUACUUGUAGAGUUCAUGCCUCAAUGAAUUGAGGCGAUUUGAGGGGGUGCAACUCAAUGUUAGGAAGGUGUUCCUAAUGUUUUGUACACUGUAACUGUUGAUUGUCUGUCCUAAGACCUGUCCAAUGGUGUCAAGAAAGAUCCUGCCGUGUGAAGUGUUCUGGUUCAAUAUUAUCCACUCACCUCCACGCCCCGUCCUGUAGGGUGGUGCGUAACUCAAACUGGCUGGCGAGCCAUGCGUCUUGUCUAGGAGUCCCCACUUCUUCCAGCCCAGCAGCCUGGCUGACUACCUGGAGAGCAUGGUCAUCAAACUGGCCAAGGAGCUGCCUAAGGACCUCCCGUUUGAGGAGAUUAAGACAGGAGAAUACAAUGGCGACACCGUUCUCAAAGAGAGCAAUGACAGUUCCCAAUGGAAGACCCUGGCUGGACAGCUGGAGAUAAAAGCAGCGAAGAUCCAGGAGAUUGAGACAGCAAGGACGCGGCCAAGCUGCUGCUGGUGGCCUGGCAGGACCUUGAGGGGAGCCUGGUUCCAGUGCUCAAUGCUGCUGGCUUCCCCAAGAUCGCAGACAUCCUCAACGAGACAUAGAUCAAGGCCUUCCUUUCGCUGCCGACAUAGUGUCCGGAGGAGCUGGAUCGGCCCUGGUGUGUCAGCACUGCCUGCAAGUCGUAGUAACCGCUGUUGUUGGAGCCCAGGUCUGCAAGGAAGACACAUGCUUAGAAACAUUAACAACCUAUCCCUCACACGACUGACUGAUUCUUAGUUUGUAAAGGUAUGCCACAAAACAAUAUGUAAAGUAACCAACCGUCAUCGAAUGAAAAGGGCUCAUAUUUCACUUCCUUCGGUUUGUCUCCCACUUUCUUCUCCACCUGCUUGAUUCACAAAGAGAAAAUGUAAGCUACGCGUACUACACGCAUGUUGUUUGAGACGUUCGUUCACACCGAGUUGCUUUGUUUGGUCAAAGGACAAAACGGAAAUAUAUUUCUUGGAGGUUUGGGUUUAUUUUCUAGAGUAUAAAUUUGCAGUAGAGACGGUACACAAAUAAAUAUAUAUUUUUACCUUC